AUGCCGUCUGCAGACGCCGCAGCGCCCCCUGCGCUCUUGAAAGUGCCCCUGAAGACUGAAUUCGCCGUCGACCUCCAUUGCGGGAGCUGCGAGGAGACGGUCAAGAAAGCCUCCGUCAUCAUCGAAUCGGUCACGCCACCGUCGCUGCUUUUCAACGCUCUGCGGUCAACAGGUCUCGGCACCGUCCUCAAAGGGCAGACGAGUGCGACAGGAGCGCAACAUAUAGGUGCCGCCGUGUGCAUAUUUGAGUGCUUCACUGGUGCAAAAGGUUGGGCGCAACACAACAACAAAGGCCUUGCUCGGAUGGUUCAGUUGGACAACGAUACAUGUCUUUUUGACGUGACGGUCGACGGAAUGCCACCGGGAGAACACAGCGUUUCCAUUCACGAGUGCGGUGACAUCAGUGGUGGAUGUGAAUCGACUGGGAAAGCACUCAAACAGUUGGGGAGGGUGAUAGUCGAUGCUCAGGGCAGAGGUGAUCUUGUGUUGGAAGAAAGGGAUGUCAAAGUUUGGGAUGUCAUAGGUAGAUCCAUAGUCAUAGACAAGUUGAACAGGGGUCGCGCAAGUGGAGAAGCUACGUGCGGGAUCAUUGCACGGUCAGCUGGCGUAUUUGAGAACCCCAAAACUGUAUGCUCGUGUGACGGCAAGACGCUCUGGGAAGAGGCCGGUGUCGCCAAGAUGUAG